UACAACAUGGCUGUAAAGCUUUUCCCACUGCUGCUUGUUAUUUGUUUUGCAAAAUGCAGUCAAGGUAAACACCUGCUUCGCUUUUUGACUUUCUGUACGAGGAACCUUAAAGGUGACGGCCAAAAUGAUAUUGAGUUUGACGGUGAUCAGCUCCUUCACACUGACCCUUUUACCGAUCAGAUUGUCCCGCGUCUGCCAGAGUUUAAACAGCAGUGGCUCCCUGACCCUGGAGUGUCCCAUGACUCAUAUGUGAGCUACGGUACCUGCCAUUACAACAUUGAACGAGUCCCAGGAUUUUAUAAUUAUCCUCCAGAGAAUAUAGCAAUUCCCACCUCCCAGAUCUACCCAAGGGAUGAAAUGGAAAUUGGAGUCCCUAACACACUCAUCUGCUUCAUCAAUAACUUCCACCCACCAAUGCUUGACAUCACCUGGACUAGGAAUGGGCAGCCGGUGGACCAGGCAGACGUCAGCCAGACUCAGUAUUACUCCAACAAGGAUUUCAGCUUUUACAUGGCGUCGUACCUGGACUUCACUCCGCAGGCUGACGACAUCUACUCCUGCAGUGUGGGACACAUCGGCCUAGCAGAGCCUCUCACCAAGUUCUGGGAGGUUAAAGACAUAGAUCAUCAGCUCAUGGAGACAGCUGUCUGUGUUUGUGGUGUGAUCCUGGGGCUGAUUGGAGUUGUCACAGGGAUCUGGUUCAUCGCGAAAGCCAACAAGUCCUGCCAAGCGUAACAGGCGUCAAGGCAAACACCUGAAUCUCGAUGUCAGAUGUGUGAUCAUUCUUGCCUUUCUUCCUUGGUGUUUUUCCUCAGGGAGAGAGAUGGGCUGAGAUUUAUUUUUGUCCCCAUCAUGGUGUUUUAUUUUACACCUUUAUGAUUGUGUGCUGCCUUCGCCUUUUUCUUUAGACAUUUCUACAUCAACACUUAAUUAUGAUCCUGAUACGGACAAAACACCUUUUUUAAAUACAGUAAACAUAAGUGCAAUAGAGCCAGUUUUUAUUAAAACAGAGACUGGAAUUAAGGAACGAACUAACCUCUUCUAAAAUUAUCGAAAUCUGACAAAAGACUACUUCAACUCACCAAGUAGAUAAAAACCUGGGCUGAUAAGUCCCACAGUGAUGUGUUGAUUUUUUUUCAGUUGAACACAAGUAAGGGAUCUAUUUACUUAGUUUGGUUAUUAUUAUUAUUAUUCCAUUUUAAAUAUUUCUGGAUGACAAAUUUUAAGCCUAUGCACCAGUGGUAGCUGAGACUGAUACCAUUAUUAUUUCAGGCUGUUCGCCCAUCUAUUGUUACGUUCCUUUCUUGGUCAUGUGGUAUCUUAAGAAUGUGACAGAUUUUCAUCAAACUUUG